GCGGGCGAUGCUGGUGCUACAGGGACUCCACCCUGCAGGAGGGGUUCCCCCAGAAGUGCAGCGCCCGCGGCCUCCCGCGGCACCCCGACACCGCCCUCUACUUCCAGCAGCUGCGCCGCCUGGUCCUCUUCAAAGGCCACAAGUACUUCGUGGUGAGCGAAGAGACCCUCUCCGUGGAGCCCUACUACCCCCGCGGCCUGCGGGACUGGGAGGGGCUGCCCCCUGGCACGGCCGGGGCCCUCGCCCACCGUGACGGCUUCCUCUACUUCUUUCGGGACGACCGGUACUGGCAAUUCGACCAGGUGAAGCUGCAAGUGGUGGCCACUGGCAAAUGGGCCACCCAGCUACCCUGGAUGGGCUGCUGGGAUGCAAAUGGUGGGCAGGUCGUCUUCUGA